AUGCCCCUUGUUAUUGCUCGCUCGCUUGUCAAUAAGGAUGACCCAAGCGAGGGCUCAAGUACCUUUACCACAUCGGAUAUCGAGAAGAAGGCCGUGAUAUGUGUGACGCAGAGUUCUACUGGCACUUCUUCCGAUACAGCGCUUGGUGACCCGCCCAGCAAGAAACGUUCUUGGUUUCAGCGAUCCAAGCCCUGCGAUCCUAACGCUAUUGCAACACAACCAUCGGUAUAUGAUGAUCCUGACCUUGUUGAGGAAUAUAAGCCACGUCCAGAUUGGGAGGGCAUCCAUCGCUUCGACCCAUCAGCAAGAUGGACGUGGGCUGAGGAAAACAAAAUUGUUAGAAAGCUGGAUAUACGUAUCAUCGUAUGGGCCUGUAUAAUGAUAACAGCCCUGGAGCUCGAUAAGUCCAAUAUCCAACAAGCCAAUGCGGACAACUUUCUGACUGAUAUUCACCUGAGCCGUGAUGAUUAUAAUCUAGGCAACACACUAUACAGACUGUGCUUCCUUCUGAGUGAGAUACCCACGCAGAUCAUCAGCAAGAGGAUCGGUUGCGACCGAUGGAUCCCCAUACAGAUGAUUUCGUGGUCGAUCGUUGCUAGCUGCCAAUUCUGGCUCUCAAACAGAGUGUCCUUCCUGGUCUGUCGAGCUUUGAUAGGAUUAGUGUCGGGAGGCUUUACUCCCACUGUCAUCCUGUAUCUCUCCUACUUCUACAAGCAUCAUGAGUUGUCUAUACGCCUUGGAUAUUGGUAUGCAGCAUCUUCUCUGGCAGACAUGCUCGCAGGGUUCCUCGCGUUUGGAAUCCUUCAUCUGGGUGGUCGUGGUGGCCAAGCCGGUUGGCGAUGGCUCUUCUUGAUUGAGGGACUAUUAACCCUAGUACUAGGUCUCCUUGCAAUCAUUCUCUUGCCGCCUUCACCGACGCAAACAGCUCAUUGGGCUCGUGGAAAGAAGGGCUGGUUUACAGAAAGGGAGGAAACCAUAAUGGUCAAUCGUAUCCUACGAGAAGACCCGAGUAAAGGCUCAAUGCAUAACCGUCAACCGCUAACGGCCAAGCUCGUAUGGAUGAGCCUCAAAGAAUUCGAUCUAUGGCCGCUAUACAUUGUUGGUGUCCUGUUCUCAGCACCUUAUACUACCGUUUCGCAAUACUUUACCUUGCAGAUAAAAGAUUAUGGUUUCAACACCUUUGAUACAAUCUUGCUAUCUAUUCCCUACAGUGUUCUCAGUAUCGUGACAAGGAUCGCCCUUACGUAUGCCGGAGAGAUCUUCGGUUCUCUCGCCUUGAUGGGAGUUGUGGCCCAGCUUUGGUGCUUGCCAUUCAUCAUAUACAUGAACGUGGUGGAUCUGAACCAGACGAACAAAUGGAUCGUGUGGACCGUUCUCACCCUGUUUUUAGGUUUCCCUAAUGCUCAUCCACUCCAAGCUGGGUGGGUGUCCCGCAAUUCAAAUAGCGUGCGAGCUCGGGCCAUUGCAGCUGCGAUAUACAACAUGGCUGUACAGUUAUCAGCCAUCAUCGCCUCGAACAUAUAUGAGGAUCGGGAUGCACCGCGUUAUGUGGUCGGAAACCGAGUCCUCUUAUCCUUGGUAAGCGUCAACAUCGCCCUCUACUUGGCAAUCAAGGCGUACUAUAUGUUGCGGAACCGACAGCGGGACCGGAAAUGGAACGCGAUGACCGAGGACCAAAGGAUCGACUACAUCGCAACCACUAGAGACGAGGGAAAUCGGCGUUUGGAUUUCCGAUUCGCACAUUAA